AUGAAGCUCCCGCAGUUAUUGGGCCAGCUGUGCCUCUCGUUCACACUGGCUGCUGCCGUGGACUUGACUGGUUAUGAGUACAUUGUGGUCGGGUCAGGGGCUGGUGGCGGUCCGCUGGCCGUACGCCUUGCCAUGGCCGGCAAGAAGACGCUGCUGCUCGAAGCAGGUGACGACCAAGGCGCAAGCCACAACUACACCGUCCCAGCAUAUCACUCCCGCGCGAGCGAAGACGACGCCAUGAGCUGGGACUUUUUCGUGCGCAACUAUGCCGACGAAGCCCAGCAGGCUCGCAACUUCAAGACGACGUACGAGACCCCCGACGGGGGCGAGUACACUGGCCUGAACCCUCCCGCCGGUUCCAAGAUGAAGGGCGUCCUCUACCCGCGGACCGGUACCCUCGGCGGAUGCACGGCGCACAACGCCAUGGUCACCAUCUAUCCGUUCCGCUCCGACUUUGACGACAUAGCACGCCUCACGGGCGACGAUUCAUGGUCGGCCGGUAACAUGCGCAAGUACUUUGUCAAAAUGGAGGAGAACCGCCACCUCCUCCCGGACAAGGCGGGCCAUGGAUACUCGGGAUGGUUGACCACCCAAACCGCUCCUCUGACCAUCGCCCUGGGCGACCCACAGCUCCUGGGCUUCUUUGUGGGCGGUGCAGCUGCGCUCACGUCCUGGUCGACGAACCUGGUCUUCAAUCUCGCAACCCUCUUCGCCGGCGACGCGAACGAGGACUCGGCCCUGCGCGACAGUAGACCCGGCAACUACCAGGUCCCUCUGUCGACGCGCGAUGGCGCCCGCGUCAGCUCGCGCGACUUCAUCGUUGCGGUUCGCGACGCCAAGAAUCCCGACGGGAGCAAGAUGUACCCGCUCGACGUCCGCACCGACGCCUUUGUCACCAAGGUCUUGUUCGACAACAGCACCACGUCCCCAAGGGCCACCGGUGUCGAGUUUCUCGAUGGCAAGUAUCUCUACCGCGCCAGCAGGAGAUCCAAAAACGCAGGCCCCGGCGUGCCUGGCACAGCGACAGCCUCGAGAGAGGUCAUACUCGCAGGCGGCGCCUACAACUCGCCGCAGAUCCUCAAGCUGAGCGGCAUAGGCCCUGCGGCCGAGCUCCAGCGUCUGGCCAUACCGGUGGUCAAGGACCUCCCGGGCGUGGGCAGCAACCUCCAGGACCACUACGAGGUCUCGGUGCAAGGGACGAUGCCUUCGGACUUCUCCUCCCUCCGGGGCUGCACGUUCGCGCCUGAGAGCACCGAAGACCCCUGCCUGACGCGGUGGGAGAAUCCGAUCCUGGGCAACAGGGGCAUCUACUCGUCGUCCGGGUUCGCGACGGCGCUGUACCACAAGAGCAAAGAGGCCAAGGGCAGCGACUGGGACGUGUUUGCGUUUGGCGGGCCGGCCGACUUCCGCGGCUACUUCCCGGGCUACUCGGUCAACGCGACGGCGCGCAAGAACGUCUUCAGCUGGGCCGUGCUCAAGGCGCACCCGCGCAGCGCGGCGGGGAGCGUCACGCUGCGGACCGCCGACCCGCUCGAUGUGCCCGACAUCGUGUACGACUACUUCAAGGACGGCGGGUCCGACAAGGACCUGCGCGCCAUGACCGAGGGCAUCCGCAUCGGGCGCAACGCCCUCAAGCUGCAGCUGCUCGGACAGCCCCUCCACGAGGACCUGCCGGGGGAUGACGUGCAGACCGACGAGCAGAUCGCGACCUUCAUUCGCGACACGGCCUGGGGCCACCACGCCUCGAGCACCUGCGCGAUCGGGCGGGACGACGACCCCAUGGCGGUGCUGGAUUCGAGCUUCAGGGUCAGAGGCGUGAGCGGCUUGAGGGUCGCUGAUGCCUCUGUCUAUCCGAGGAUACCCGGAACGUUCACGGCCGUGUCGACUUAUAUGAUUGGGGAGAAGGCGGCCGAUGUUAUUCUUGCGGGAGAGGGUGCCUAA